AAAAGCAUCUAAAGCAAAACGGCUACGCCUCCAACCGUUGCCCACUCUUCAUCGUAGCGGCCUGACGUCAACCAUAUAAAUGAAAGGACCUCCCUCCGACGCGGCGCUGUCCCGCCUCAUUUCUCGGCUUGGAACAUGGCCGCCCUAGCAACGCCGGCGCUUGAGGGGUGGACCAGGUACCAACAGAAUGGCAGCUGUUUUAGUGCUCCAGAUGCUCUUCAACAUUUUCAGAGUUGGAAGACCAAAACUGAUCAAGUUAAGAAAAUUGAAUUUAUAAGAACAGGCAAUAAACUAAAAAAUCAACUUGUGAACCUUCAAAAGCAUAAGAAUGUUAUUUUCAAUAAGAAGAGUGAUUUUACGAUGGAAUAUUGCAUACUGGAAGAACUCGAACACAAAUUGACUAAAAAUCGGAAAACAGAAAAAGCAAAAAUACAACAAAAACUGACUAGAAUCCAUAGUGCUGUUAAGGGACUUCAGCGACAGCUAAAAGAUGUGAAACCAACUCCAGAAUUUGUUGACAAGCUUAGAGAAAUGAUGGAAGAAGCUGAAGCAGCAAUAAGUUCUUUUAAAGAAGAGCAGCGACAAAUUUAUGAUGAACUUCUAAGAGAGGAGAAUGCUGCUACAAAUGAGAUCAGUGCCUUAGAAAGAAAAAUUGAGAUGUGGGCUGUAGGAACUUCAGCUGCAAGAAUUUUCAAGCAGUGUGUAUUUCCAGUACAUAAGGAAGUCCAAAAUCAAUUUCCUGAAGAAGUCAUUGAGCUUGAAAGAUUUCUUCAGCAAACUGGAGGAAGGCAAGGAGGUUGGGAUCAAUGUGAUCAUCAAAUCUUCCUAAGAAUUUGGAGAAAACAUAAAGGGAAACCAUCAUACAUCACUGAAACCCUUGAACACCUCCCUGAUAGAACAAAGGAAGACAUUCAAUCACAUGAGAAAUGGCAUAAAGAAUUUCUAAUUUUAGAGUCACAGAAAAAGGAGGCCAUUCAAAAAUGGAAGAUGAAGAAACGAGAAAAGAGUAAAAUAUUAGUCCAGAAAGAGAAUCCUGAGGAAGUGCCCACUGAUACUCAACGUGAGCGUGAAGAAACUCAGAAGCAGAAAACUGAAGAGGAAAGGAAAAAACGAUUAGCAGAGCUUGAAGCAUGGAAGAAAGACAAAGCACUUGCAACUGCAGCAAAACAGGAAGCUCAGUUAAAAGAGGAAGAAGAGAAGGAGAAAAAAAAGCAGAGAGAACGUCAGCGGCAACUUCAAAUGAAGUUAUUGUUGGAAGAUUAUAGUAGAGAGAAAAAGGAACAAGAAGAGUUGCUGAGAUUUGAAAAAGAAAAAAGAGAGGAAGCUGAAAGGGAAGAGAAGAAAAGAACUGCAGCAGAAGAAAUUGUUAAAUUCCAAGAACGAGAUCUGCAUAAACUUGAGCUGAAGGUUCUAGAAAAGCAGGCAAAGGAAGAUGAAAAGAUUGAAAAAGAAAAAAGAUUGUCUAAGCUGAAAAAGAAGGUUCACAUUAAUGUAACUCGGGAUCCAUGCAGGUUAUUCAGACCUACAAAAGUUUGGGAAGAACGAACAAAAGAAAUUGGACCUGUAGGUACAGGGCCAGUGUUGUAUAUUCCUCAUAGGGCUGUCCCAAGCUGGCGACAGGGAUUAUAAUUGGAUAUCUGCAAAUAAUUUGUUUGAAGAUAAUAUAACAACACAAUGUAUUG